GCGAAAAUGAUCUGUACUUUGUUUUUCGCAAUCACAACGUUACAUGAACAUGGAUGACCUAAAAUGCGAAUACGUGAAGAAAAAAGAUGCUUCGGACUGUCUCAAGAAGUGCAAAGUGAAGAAAAGAUAAUGUUUUGUACUUCGAUGGUCAUCAACUACAAAGAGAUUUGUGAUAUUGCCUAGCAUUUGGCGCAUUGCUCGAUGAUAAAAAGUGAAAAUGUGAUGUGUCAAACUGAUUGUUUACCUCGCGACGGACAGGUGAGCGGUUCGUAGAAGUGGUACGCGAGGGCGGCGGGAGGCGGGCGGCAUGUCGGGUCGGACGAGCCCAGUCAACGGCGGGUACGAGGCCUCGAGCGCCGAGCCCGCCGUCAGCAUGCGGCUCUCCGUCCGCAAGGACCUGUUCCCAGAGGUGCGGCUGCCCAAGCUAGAUGACAUUACUGACAAUGAGCCGUCCUUCGACGAUGACGAUAUCUCUUGCGUGAAGCUAGAAACCGAUUUCGAGCAAAGCAUCGAUGAAAUCGCUAAUCAGAAGCAGCAAGUGCUGAAUGGAGCGCUACCAUCGCUCACUAGGCCUCGUCAUAGGAAACACAAGCAACACUCUAGAAGGGACUCUCGUGUAAACGGUUGUAUUUCAGAAAAGAGGAGACGAAAAUCUCCUACUGAUUCUCGUCACAGGACACGUCUGUCUAACAAUGUUUUUCAAGUGAAAGGUGGUAAAAACUUAAACUUAGUGAGUAGUAGUGAGUAUCAGGAGGAGGAGGAUGAGGACGAAAAAGAAACAGAAGUGGAAAGUGAAAGUUCAGAAGAUGAAGUGCUCAAGUUCAGUGUGAAGUUACCUGUUAUAGUACCGCGGCAGAGUGGUAAACCAUACAGCCAUGAACUAAGUCAAUUAUCAACAAAAAAGAGCAAAUCCAAGGACUCUAGUAAAGAGAGGCGGACACAUGCAGUGACUCCAUGCAGUGGGAAGCCCCGCUCCAUGCUGGGUAUCUGUAGUUCUCGUAGCAAAAAGAAAUCGAAGAAGUCUGAGUGUACAGCCACAUAUCGGAGUCAGAUAGUUGAAACAAACUCUAAUAUAAAGAUUAAAAUUAAGAAAACAAAUGUCAAGGAAAUGGUGACUCCAACGCCCACUUCAAUAGCGGACCUUGGCCAGAGAAAGUCGAAGAAGAAACGCGCAGCUUCUCCAGUGGCCAGCGAGAGUUCUGGCGAGGAAUACGACCCGAGCAAUAGUGCAGCGCACAUGAGCGUCGCGGCAUCGAAACCGCGUAUUUCUAAGACGAAAACCCGCAAAUCUAACACAACUAAAAAUAAAAGUGAAAAGACUGAAAGAAGUAGAGAUAGUGUAAUGGACAAGUCUGUACCUCAAAGCCCAUGGGCGGCGACCAUACCCAAGGAGAUUUUACUCAAAAUAUUCGAGUGUGCUGUGGCUUCGCAAGGCUCUCUUCCAACUGUUAUUAGAUUAAGCAGAGUGUGCAAAUUGUGGCACAGUGUAAGCUUGAGGUCAGAGCUGUGGAAGAAUGUAGACCUUGCGCAAUACACGAGUGAAAAAUGCAAAACUGAUUAUAAACUGGUCUGGCUGCUUGAGAACAGACUCUCUAAAUGUCAAAGUUUAAAUAUUGCCCAGUGGAAGGUCUGCAAUGUGUCGUGGGUGCUGGCCUGCGUGGCAGACUACUGCCCGGAGCUGGUGGAGUUGAGUGUUGCCGGGUGGAGCCGCAUCACGCCUGAACAGCUCUUCGAGUUGAUUCAAGGACUCCCGAAGUUGCAGAGGAUUGAUCUCUCGCUUACGUCGGAGACGGCAGGGUCAAGCACGUGCCUGUCAGCAGCGUCAAUGGCGCGAGUCGCAGAGAACUUCGGCUCACGUCUCACGCAUCUCACGCUGGCUAAUAACAAAUUCACCGCAUUGCAGCAAAUCUUGACUUCCGUUGCGGCAUACUGCGCAAACCUGGAAGUAUUGGACAUAUCGGGUGCGCAGGCAAUGUCGCAUCCCGCGGCACUGCCUCUUGAGGCGCUGCAAAAGGGUUGCCCCAAGAUGCGUGUCUUCCGUGCUGCAAAUUCGCAGCUAGUAUUGGCCAAUGCAACUACGUCACAACAGAUGGAAGUGGAAGGCUGGACCCUAUUAGAGGAGUUAUCAAUAGCUGGCGAGGCAGCCGCAGACCGAGUGGCUGUUGGCGAAUAUCGUCUUGGCGACGAGGCGCUAUCUCGUCUUGUCCGAGGGGCCACUAGACUGCGGUUAUUGGACCUACGUGGGUUACAAAGGCUCACUGACUCUGGCCUUGUUAGAGUGCCUGCCUGGGAAUUGCAGCAUUUGUUCCUUGGAGGUUGCAACGUGACACGUCAAAGCAACGCAUGCCUAGAACUGAUCUGCGAGAAGUGGUCUCACAGUCUAAUAGAGUUGGAUUUAUCGUGGGCGUCUGCGGCGCGCGUGUUGGACGAUGCCGUUUGCGCACUUGCAGAGUCCACUAGCAGCAAACUCAAAGUGCUGAAUCUUUGCGGUUCAUCAGUAUCUCUGGAACCCGUGAAGAAAGUUCUUCUGAGGUGCCCUCAUGUGGAAUCGUUAAAUCUCAGUUCAUGUCGCGCUCUACCCCGAGGCAUGAAACGACUUUAUACGGGUAAGGAAUUGCAGGACUUAAAAGACAGUUUAGAUCCGGAAAAAGCGAAAACCAAAGUAGAAACCGAAGGAGGCAAAGGCAAGAAAAAGAAAGAUGCUAAAAAGACCGAGGCCGACUCAAAAUCUGAAGGCAAAAGUAAAAGCUCCAAUGCGGCUGAAACCUCAGAAAGUAAGGUAGAAGUGAAAUCAAAAGAAGAGUCGUCUCCAACUCUAUUUCAAGAGCCCAAAAGCGUUACUGACUCUGAGUCUAGUUUCGCUGAUAACACUUCGCUGACUCCAACACACGCUCGAACGCCAUCGCGAACUGAUAAAAGUGAAAAAUCUGUCAGCAAGAUACCUGAAAUCGCUAGCCCUUUGCCAGAAGGCCGGCGGCGGUCUACAAGAGAUGCUACACCGAAAUUGCUUAGUCCCUUACCACAAUCAAAACCCGACUCCUCCUCCACCCCUAGAUCUGAUCCAGCUAAAACCGACUUCGGAAGUCCUCAUUACAGCCCUGUCCCUAAACCCGAUAGUCAAGUGCAAAAUAGUCCUGAAGUCCAACCCGAAUCUGCAAAAAGUAAUUCAUGGAAAUUCAAAAGUACUCCCACUUACCGAUCAGAAGCGAGCCCCCUUAGUAGAUUAGAAAGUCACAAUAAAUUGAAGCAUGGUAAGGUCAUAGAACAAUGUAGUCCUACCACUUCCUUAGAAAAUAAACCCAGCCCUGAAACUAUUGGGGCUAAGCAGGACAUAAAAAAUCCAAAUAGUUGGAAUUAUGGUAACUACAGCCCCAUGCCGAAACAAGACCCGCAGUUCUCUUCGCAGAGGAGCCCCUAUUCCGCUCAGCCGAGCCCUGCUCAGCCUAGCCCAUAUUCCACGCAACCCAGCCCUUACUCCACUCAGCCUAGUCCCUACUCCUCACAACCUAGUCCUUAUUCGGCACAACCGAGUCCUGACACCAGUCAAAUAGUGAAACCAGAUCUACAGAAAUCAGGCGCUUGGAAUACGGGCAAUUUCAGCCCUAUGCCCAAACACCACGCCCCAUUUUCUCCUCAUCCAUCUACCCAUACCAGCCCUGAUUCGGGUAUGGGUAUGAAGGCUGAUACACUUAGAAACAAUCCUAAUAAAACUCCGGGCCAGUAUAGUCCUAUGUCUCGACAGGAUCGCCUGCACCACAGUCCUUACUCUCCCAGGCAGAGUGCAGAAACAGUAGCAUACAGCAACAAAAAGAGUCCAGCCGCUACAGGAAACUAUAGUCCAAUGAUGCGAUCAGACUGCCACUUGGCAAGUCCAGAUGGUGGUCAGCCUUCGAGGACAAUCGUUAGCGGGAGGCCACAAGACCUAUACAGUCGUUCUAUACCAAAAAUGCCUGAGGUUAUUCAGAAUGUUCCCCCGCCAGAAGUGCCAGGUUCUUGGAACAUGGAUAGGUUUAACACCACGACUCCUAGUAUCGACUCGUUAGUAUGGGGUCCUUCAUCGUUUAACACGGAACCGCCGCCUCCGCGGACAGACAUUCCCGCUAUGCUCAAUACGCCUCCGCCGCAACAGUGGUCCGCCAUGCCUUCCUUCGACACAAGUGCCCGAAAACCAGAAGAUGACCCAUGGAUGAUGGGCCAGUUUCGCGAAGAACCGCCUCAGCAAAUGCAUAAUACGUUCGACCAAAAUAUAUGUUUCGACACGUUAAGUGGUCACAUAAGUCACCAAGUUAAUAUGAUUCAAAAUUAUCUAGACGAAACCUUUAGUGGGUCGUCCCGCGUGGACUGACAUUCUGUGCUUUCGUCCAAUCAUAACUCGACUUCGAGGAGUGACGAAAUUGUUAAAGAAACAAGCAAAUUUUCUUUAAGAGAAUUAGGGUGACAAUUUUAAUAAUGUAAUUGAACAAUUAUCAUGUAGAGAUUGUAAAUAAGAUUAUCUAAUUAGUUAAGAAUAUCGAAGCUAGGAUUUUGUUCAAGUUAUUUUGCAACAUAGUUUAUGGAAAUGGAUGAUAAAGUAAGAGCAAAUAAUAAUUAAGAUAUAAAAUGAAUGAGAAAUACAGUUGAUAUGAAUUUCGUUGGAUUAUACUCAAGAGUUAGAUUGUAUAAUGUGAUUCUUUAUUUGUGUAUGCCAAAAUCUUUUACAUAACGACACUGAGGCCAAAACGGAUAUUUAUUUAAAGCGUUUUUUGUAAAUAUAAGAGUA